ACGAACACGGAUUUUUCUUUCUUAAAUUAAAACAAACAAACAAACUAUUCCUAUUUCACCAAAACAAAACCAUACCCCAGCUUCUUCUUAGUUCAGCUUCAGCCGCCGCCGCCGCCGUUAUUCUCCGACUCCCUUAAACCCUAACGCACCCGGUCUUCAGCCUUAAAUCAAAUACUUGAGCAUAUUAUUUAUAGCAGGGAGAGCUAGAUUUGUUAUUCGAUCAGCUCUCUCUGUUUAUAAGUUAUCCGGUAACAACAACCACCAUUCGUCGACAAUAUCGCAACAAUGGCCGCACCGACAUACCUAACUGGAGCUAAGACACCCUAUCAUUUCUCCAAAACUAGAUCCUUGUGGUCAUAUAACCAGCUAAAUGUCGGUGGUGGUUCAUCAUCGGUUGUUUCGUUUCGUGGAGCGGUUAGGGGUCAGGUUUUGAGAAAGGGGGGAGGGUUUAGGGUUUUUUGUAAUGCACAGAAGGUGGAUGUGCUUACAAGAAAUGAAUCCAAUAGUUUGGUUUCUGAUGAAAUAAGUAAAAAACUGUCGUGUGUUAUGAAGUUUGGUGGAUCGUCUGUGGCGUCUGCUGAAAGAAUGAAAGAAGUGGCUGAUUUGAUUCUUAGUUUUCCGGAAGAGAGUCCGGUUAUUGUGUUGUCUGCUAUGGGCAAGACCACCAACAAGCUUUUAGUGGCUGGAGAAAAGGCUGCAAGUUGUGUUUCGGUUGUGUCUGAAAUUGAAGAAUUGAGCUUUGUCAAAGAACUCCAUUAUAGGACAGUGGAUGAGCUUGGAUUAGAACGGACACUCGUUACAGACCAUUUAGAAGAACUAGAGCGGCUUCUUAACGGGAUUUCUGUACUAAAGGAAUUCACACCACGCGCAAGAGAUUACCUAGUCUCGUUUGGGGAGUGCAUGUCCACAAGGAUUUUUGCUGCAUAUUUGAAUAAAAUCGGUGUCAAAGCACGCCAAUAUGAUGCAUUCGAAAUUGGUUUCAUAACAACAGAUGACUUUACUAAUGCGGAUAUUUUGGAAGCAACUUAUCCAGCUGUAGCAAAGACACUAAAUGGUGACUGGAUUAAGGAUCCUGCAAUUCCUAUUGUCACUGGCUUCCUUGGAAAGGGUUGGAGAACUUGUGCUGUGACUACACUGGGCAGAGGUGGCAGCGAUUUGACUGCGACCACCAUUGGUAAAGCACUUGGGUUGAGGGAAAUUCAGGUAUGGAAAGACGUGGAUGGUGUCUUGACAUGUGACCCUAAUAUUUAUUCGCGCGCUGAACCUGUCCCAUAUUUGACGUUCGAUGAGGCAGCUGAACUUGCAUAUUUUGGUGCCCAGGUCCUACAUCCACAGUCUAUGAGGCCUGCAAGAGAAGGUGAUAUACCUGUUAGGGUUAAAAAUUCGUAUAACCCUAAUGCUCCUGGUACCUUAAUAACCAAAUCAAGAGAUAUGAGUAAGGCAGUACUAACCAGCAUUGUUUUGAAACGUAAUGUAACCAUGUUAGACAUUGUUAGCACUCGCAUGCUCGGUCAAUUUGGAUUUCUUGCCAAGGUUUUUUCAAUAUUCGAGGAUUUGGGUAUAUCGGUGGAUGUUGUCGCUACGAGUGAAGUUAGCAUUUCGUUAACUUUAGAUCCUUCAAAGCUUUGGAGCAGGGAGUUGAUUCAGCAGGCAAGCGAACUUGAUCAUGUUGUAGAAGAGCUUGAAAAAAUCGCUAAAGUGAAUCUUCUUCAACACAGAUCGAUUAUUUCGCUGAUCGGGAAUGUUCAGAGGUCGUCGCUUGUAUUAGAGAAGGCGUUCCAUGUUCUUCGUGAGAACGGAGUGAAUGUUCAGAUGAUAUCGCAAGGAGCAUCAAAGGUGAAUAUAUCACUCAUAGUAAAUGAUGAUGAAGCGGAAAGAUGUGUGAGAGCUCUGCAUUCGGCGUUCUUUGAAAGUGAUAUGUCCGACAUUGAUUGAUUUAUAGCAUUAAAUUUGCAAUGCAGUUGGAUGCUUGCUUAGAUUUAAACCACUUGUUUUAAACUUGUUAGAAUCACUAUUGAUGCAUUAGGAACAUUUGGUAUGCAAGUUAUUUUUUGGGAUUAUUUUC